AUGGCGUCCAGUACAGUACCGGAAAAUAAACGCAUUGCAAAUUUAAAUGUAUCUAAUAAUCAUGGCAGAAAAGUUCUAAACGUUUACAGAGUAUCAACAAGUGGAACAGACAAGACGAAAGUGACGUUUUGCACGGACGUGGACAAGUCCGUGAUAGUGCAUAACUUCGAGAAAAGGGGAUGGGUUCAAGUAGGUCCGGAAGAUGAUUGGAAUUUUUAUUGGGCAGUCACUCAAUCAUGUAGGAAUAUAUUCAGCGUAGAAACCGGAUACAGAAUGGACGACAAACAAAUGAUCAAUCACUUUCCGAAUCACUAUGAAUUGACACGGAAGGACCUCUUGGUAAAAAAUAUAAAACGUUAUCGGAAGGAAUUGGAACGGGAAGGAAAUCCUUUAGCAGAAAGAAGCGAUGGUCCGGGAAAAUAUCUUUAUCUCGAUUUCAUACCUGUCACGUUCGUAUUACCAGCAGAUUAUAACAUGUUCGUGGAAGAAUACCGGAAAUCACCGCAAAGCACGUGGAUCAUGAAGCCGUGUGGAAAAUCACAGGGAGCUGGUAUAUUCCUAAUUAAUAAAUUAAGUAAAUUAAAGAAAUGGUCCCGAGAAGCGAAAAAUCCAUUCAACCCCAAUUUAACGAAGGAGUCAUACGUAAUAUCUAGGUAUAUUGAUAAUCCACUUUUGAUUGGCGGAAAAAAGUUCGAUCUUCGAUUAUACGUUCUCAUUACAUCCUUUCGACCAUUGAAAGCGUAUCUGUUCAAACUAGGAUUUUGUCGAUUUUGUACGGUUAAAUACGAUACUAGUAUUCAAGAAUUGGACAAUAUGUACGUUCAUUUGACAAACGUAUCUGUACAAAAGCAUGGUGAAGAAUACAACAGCAAGCAUGGUGGUAAGCUGAGUGUACACAAUUUGAGACUGUAUUUGGAGAGCACGCGUGGGAAAGCGGUUACAGAAAAAUUGUUUGCGAAUAUCACUUGGUGUAUCGUACAUUCUUUGAAGGCUGUUGCUCCAGUUAUGGCGAACGAUCGACACUGUUUCGAGUGCUAUGGCUACGACAUUAUCAUCGAUAAUGAUCUUAAACCGUGGCUUAUAGAGGUAAAUGCAUCUCCAUCGUUGACCUCCACUACAGUAAAUGAUCGAAUUUUAAAAUACAAAUUAAUUGACAAUAUAAUUUCAAUUGUCGUGCCACCCGAUGGUGUACCAGAUGUAAAAUGGAACAAAUGUCCACCACCAGAAGCACUAGGAAAUUUCGAGCUCCUUUUGGACGAAGAAUUGUCCACUCAAGAUGAUAAAGAAUAUUCAUCCGGAAAGUAUCGCAGUUCCUCAAGCAAAUGGAAAUAA